AUGAUCACUUCUCUCACUUAUAUUAUUCCCUCUUUGUGCUGUUAUUAUUUCAUCUUCUGCCUUUCGGUUCUCGCAAAUACACGCACAUCCCAUCUUAUUCCAUACAACGAUCACUGUACUUCCGUUGCUCCCGAAUCGAUCUCACCCCUUCGUUCUUACAACUACUCCAUACCGUUGCUGGUAACAAAUUACUACACCGGUGGAGACAAACUCCUAGGCAGAAGACCAUCGGAAAAACCUCAUUACUUCAUCACCAAAUCUCUCAAACUCCAAAUUACCCGAAACGACCCUCACAAAUUUGAAGCCCUCUUGUCUAUUCGAUCACCGUACGGUUACUAUAGCUACGGUGGAUCUUUUUUCAACAGGACUGGGACCCACAGGGCGGGCCCGAUCACUUUCGUGCUGAGCGGUUUCUGGUUGGAAUCUUCUAGAGAGCUUUGUAUGGUUGGAUCGUCGUUUUGGUUGUCUGAAGAAGGUCAGACCGUCAAUCUUGAUGCUGCUCUUAAUCUCAAAUUUGCCGAUCGUAAGAAUCCAACUAUACUGUCGAGUUUCGUCAGCGGAAUUCUGAAGAGCAUGGCUAAUAGUUCUGCUAACUUUGACCCUCUUCUGAUCUUCGGUUUUCCCGUUUUGCCCCUGUACGGUUAUUCGUUGGUUUCGCGAGAACUCGAUGAAGGGUUUGAUGGCGAAAUCGAUAUUUCAAGAAAUAAGUCUCUCUAUUUGGAGUCAAGUGAGUUUUGCUCGAUGGUUUCGGGGAGGUACUUUGUGUUUGAAAUGAUAUACGCGGCGGAGUGCAAGAAUAUGAAUCUCACUUCGAGAAAUUGUUCUCCGCUUGGUGGCGAUGGAUUGCUCUUGCCUUCGUUCGUGUCGUUGGAUAUGAUCCAGUGUUCGGCGGACCAGCGCAAGGUGAGGUACACGGUAAGGUUCCGGAACAUCACGCGUGGCGUAUUUUAUGAGGAUUUCGAUCCCGUAUGGACGUUGAUCGCUGAGGGCUCAUGGGAUGAGACGAAGUGCAGGAUUAUUAUCGUUGCUUGUCGAAUCUCGAACGCCGUCGACGGUUGUAUGAUCAGGCUUAGCUUGUCGUACCCUGCAACAUGGACUACGAGAGACGAUGCCAAAGUUGUUGGCCAUAUUUGGACCAACACAACUGUCAAUGAUCCUAUGUAUUUCAGAAAGAUUAAUGUCCGAAGCUCUGACGAGAAUGACAUGGCGGUUUUUCCAGGCUUGAGAUACGAGUACACCGAAUUUGACCGAGUGCAAAAGUUUUGCCGAGUCGUGGAAAAUAAUACGAAUAUAUAUCCGAAAGGGAAUUCUCUAGACAUGAAGUUUGAUAUUUAUGUCGGAAACUCCAAAAGGCAACUAUUUGCUUCCGGUGAUGCAAUGCCUAUCUCUGUGGGAAACGAGUUCUACGGAAUAUUCCCCGAGAAUAUUCUGGAAGAAUAUCCUUUGAAUAUCAGCUACAAGAUAGGUGUACGCCCUUUUCGUAAAAUCAAGUUCGAUAAAUUAUUUCCGUCGCUGUAUUCUUCGAUGAAUCUUAGAAGUAGAGUGGAGAUAACUGCUGAAGGAGUGUACGAUGCUCGUAAUGGACGCCUCUGCAUGGUGGGAUGUCGAAAGCUAUUUUCUUACAAUAAUAAAAACCCGACUACUAAUGUUUCGACGGACUGUGAGAUUAUCGUUAAUUUCGAGUUUUCUCCGUUGGAUGCGAGAAGAGAAUGCCUCGUCAGAGGAAUAAUCCGAAGCACACGAGCGAAAAUCGAUCCUCUCUACUUUGAGGAUAUGAGCGUUUUAUCAGCUACAUUCUAUCGAAAGUUGGCUAAGCAAUCGGAACGGAGAAUCGAGAUGGAGAUUGUUAUGGCCUUGAUAUCGAGUACAUUUACGUGCGUGUUUGUAGGAUUACAACUUGCUCAUGUGAAGAGGGACCCGAGUUUACUCCCUUUCGUUUCACUCGUAAUGGUUGUGGUUCUUUCUUUAGGACACAUGAUCCAACUUGUCCUAAACUUUAACGCGUCGUUUCGUAGUAGUAGACAAGUGCGAACGCUUAGCUCGGGUUUGUUUCUCGGUGCUAAUGAAUUGACGGCAACUAUGGCGGUAACCAUGGUUAGUUUCUUGAUGGAAAUGCGCCUACUCGGGUUAGUUUGGGCAGCUAAACGACAUAGUUCCGAUGGAAACGAAAAGGGCUUGUGGUUUGAUGAGAGAAAGGCUUGUUUUUUUUCAGUGCUAAUGUGCAUCUGUGGUGUUUACUUUUUGGGGGAAUUAAGGUUGUCUUAUGCAGGUUUGAUUCUUGGUGGUUUUCUUGUUCCUCAAGUCUUGUUCAAUAUUUUUACGGGUUCGACGGAGAAGGCUUUGGCCGAAUGUUUCUACGUUGGGAUGAGUGCGAUUCGUUUAGCCCCCCACGCUUAUGUUAGUGGGACCGGCUAUUAUUAUGCAAAAAUUCGGACAGGGGAGUUUUACUCGAUAACUUGGGGUGUUGCGAUUCGAUGUGGGAUUGUUGUUUUGGCUGUGAUCGUUUAUCUGCAGCAGCGAUAUGGCGGCUGUUGCAUUAUUCCGAGGAGAUUUCGGAGAUUAUGA